CUUGAAUACUCUCCAUUGAAGGAGAUACCAUGUGGGAGGAAAGUGUCACGUGACAAAUUCACUCAAUGGCGGAGGAUUAAACAGACGGACUAUCGUAGGGAGUCUUGGGGUACUGAACGGAACCUUCCCGACACCUGACCUGGGUAGGAUAAAGCUGCCGGUAAAAGGGGUGUCCUUGCCGACCGCCAUUCAUUUAUGACGUGCCGGCGGGCUAGUGAAUAGACCUCUGUGGGUGCAAGAGGGACCGGAUCAUUCACCUCCACACGCCUGAGGCCCUCCUUUGCAAGCCCGUCAACCACUUCAUUCCCCUUCAGGCCGACAUGAGCUGGGACCCAUACCAUGGCUUUGGAAGAGGCACAACAUGGGCUGUUUUCCACUCGGAAGGAACCACCCCACCCCGCCAGACCAUGUUAUACAGAUGUAGCCAGAUUUGAAGGGUUGCAUCCGGCAUGUGCCCAAACAUCAGAUAGGAUAUUCUAUCAGCCCCAGUGGCGGACUUUCUCCUGCUAGCAAUGGCUGACCUUAGCUCACUGAGUGAGAAAGUCCGUGAACGUUCCACGAUAAAAUUCGAAGUUCACCUUCCUCGUGUCCCUACAGCUUCACUGGCUUCCCGUCCACGUACAACGUGUCAUACACGAUCCACGAGCGGUGACCGUCCUUCCGGGCUUCCUUCAUCUUCGGGACGAGUCGGCGCCGCUUGUCGAGCACUUCCGGAGGGAAUUGUUCAAACAUUUGGCAGCCCGUUCCUGCCAGGUGUUUCCACUGACGUCGCACGACCUCUCUGUCCUUGAAAAAAGUGAACUUUGCCACAAUAUUACGGAUCUUGCCAACCACUGGUUGCCCCGGGGAACGAUGCACGCGCUCAAAGCGCAUAGCGCAUUAAUCUACAGGCUGAGGUACAAAGCUGCGUCAGAUCAGGUCCGAUUACGUCAGAUUGGUUCCCGAUCAGAAAAGGGGCCAGGCAGGGCCAGUGUCUCAGUUCCUUCUACUACCUCGUAUACUCGUAUAGUGUGGUUCCUCAAUAAGUCUCCAUAUUAACGACACAAAGUUCGCAUGCCCAACAGUCCCCGACGAUAUGAUGCUAUUUUCAUUAACACCAGACGGUCUACAAAGUAUGUUACAUAUAUGCUAUGAAUACACUAGAAAAAAUCGCUACAUGUAUAACGCCAGUAAAUGUAAAAUUGUAGUAUACAAUGACUCUAAACCAAAGCCAAAUCAACAGAAACUACAAUGGUUAAUUGGUCGUGACAUCGUAGAAGAAGCUGAGAGCUACGUUCAUCUUGGGAUAACAAAAGACAAAUACUCGACCCUAAAUGUAAAUAUAGAUGAAUGUUGUGCAAAGCUACGAAGAACUUAUUUUGGUCUUGGUGAAACGGGCCUUAACAGUAACACUGUACAUCCAUUAUCCAUAAAACGUCUUUACGAAAGUGUAGUCCUACCUAAAGCACUCUAUGGCUGCGAAGUAUGGAACAGAUUGACAUCAUCACAAAUAUUGCAACUAGAACGGGCACACCGCACAUGUGUGAAGAAUAUUCAAAGUAUGCCACGACAUACAAGAUCGGACAUAACACUUAGCUGUCUUGCCGUAUACCCACUAGAAACAUAUAUAGACAAGAGAAAGCUACUGUUCUUUGGACAAUUAUGCAGGACCAAUUCUGACAAAAAUCUGAAGCGCCUAUUUAUAUACCGGCUUUUCAGCUUUAUCAAUUCUCCAAGUGAUCAAAUUGGAUUUGUUCCAGAUUUGUAUAGACUAUUUUGUAAAUAUUCAUUGAAAGCUGUACUCGAAGAAUUUAUGGCGACCUCACACUUCCCAAAUGAAAACGCGUGGAAAACAGCAGUCCGAAAAGCGAUUCAUAUUCAUGUAUGUCAAGAGUACAAGUCUAGAGGAGGCGAUACACAGUUAGAAACUUUCAAAACAAUACACUGUGACUACUCCUCAUCGAUUCUGUGGGUCUUCAGUAAAAUCUACAGCGAUCAGCUUCUAUACUGCCGCUCAUCAAUGAGAGUCCUCUGCAAAUUCUUCGGACGACGAUAUACUGUAACAUGUCACCAAUGUAACAUUUUGACUGAAAACAUAGCAGCACACUCAAUACUCUAUUGUAGAAAAACGGACCAGUAUAAACAGCAAAUGUGGAAACAUAUAUACAAAUGCAUGGGUGCGAAAAACUACCAACAGUUUGUGAGUCUUGAACCCGACGAACAAAUGCUCGAACUACUAUCUGGGUUCGUUCACAUUAGCAUGAAUGAUAUGAAACGUGUGUCCUGCUUUAAAAUUGCAGUACGCUAUGUGCACAUUUUAGGACAAUAUAGGUGCAAUGUAUUAAACAUAUAA